UGGUGGGAACUGAAGGAUUUUAUGUGAUACUGAAAGGCCUAGCUCGACCUCAAACAAAGAUAUAUAGACAUCUGACCAAAAGAAAUGAAGCAAAACAUUCUUUAAAAUCUCAAAGCUUCCACAACUUAUUUUGCAAUGAGGACUUCCAAAGGUCUCCACUUCCUGACAUGUACCUAGGUUCACGUGAUUCAAUGCUUAAACAAUGGAGUACUUUUGGGACCCUGGAAGUUUUAACUCAGCCUGCCUUAGAAACACAGGCAUACACAGUGGUAACAGAAGAAGACUGUGAAAUUCUUAAAAUCCCUGCAAAGGAAUAUGCAAAGAUAAAAUCGGAAAAAUUAAAAGUUGAAAAUAUGCAAAAGGAGCAAUUAAUUCGUAAGUGUCCAUACUAUGCAGAGUGGCCCACCUUAUCUAUAUACGAGCUGAUUGCACUCAUCAAAUGGAAAAAGUUUCCUCCAGGUCAUGUGAUGGUGGAAAGUGGAAAUAUAAUUUCCUAUGUGGCUUACAUCAAUUCUGGUUAUUGUAACAUUUAUAGAAGUAUUGUUGGACUUGUGAAACUAGCAUUUAAUAAAGUGAAAAAAAUUCGAAAACUUGUCUACAUGGGAAAACUUAAGGAGAAGGAGUCUUUUGGUGAGAUUAGUGUUCUUCUUCAAGUUCCUUUCACAUGCACAGUCAUUACUGGAAUGGAGAUUGAGGCAGCCAUCAUUGAAGAUACAGACCUAUUUGGUAAAUACAAAUAA